GUUUUCCGAUCACAGGGCGUGGUCAGCGUGUCUACUGUCUGGUGUCGUGUUCCUGAAGAUUUCACACACACACAGUGGGAGGAGGGGAUUUACUUUAAGUGUUAACACUCCAGCGUUUCCAGACAUUCUUGCUUCUUUUCCAGCUUUUAUCUUCCGGUCCAGGACAGUCGGAACAUGUUCUACACUUGCGGUCCCAACGAGGCCAUGGUGGUCUCAGGCUGUUGCCGCGCUCCUCCACUUAUGGUCGCGGGCGGACGAGUGUUCGUCAUCCCUUGUAUUCAGCAGAUUCAGAGGAUAUCUUUGAAUACUCUGACUCUUAACGUGAAGAGUGAUAAGGUCUACACCAGGCAUGGUGUACCCAUCUCAGUGACUGGCAUCGCACAGGUGAAAAUUCAGGGCCAGAAUAAGGAGAUGUUGGCUGCUGCUUGCCAGAUGUUCUUGGGGAAAUCGGAGACUGAGAUUUCCCACAUCGCCCUGGAGACACUGGAAGGCCAUCAGAGAGCCAUUAUUGCUCACCUGACCGUGGAGGAGAUCUAUCAGGAUCGUAAGAAGUUUUCAGAGCAAGUGUUCAAGGUGGCUUCUUCUGAUUUGGUCAACAUGGGCAUCGGUGUGGUCAGCUACACGCUUAAAGACGUUCAUGAUGACCAGGACUACCUGAACUCUCUGGGUAAAGCUCGCACAGCCCAGGUGCAGAAAGACGCCCGCAUCGGAGAGGCUCAGUACAAGAGAGAUGCAGUGAUCCGGGAAGCCCAUGCCAUGCAGGAGAAGGUUUCUGCACAGUACAAGAACGAGAUCGAGAUGGCGAAGGCUCAGAGAGACUAUGAGCUGAAAAAGGCGGUCUAUGAUAUGGAGGUUAACGCUAAGAAAGCGGAGUCUGAGAUGGCCUAUCAGCUUCAGGUGGCCAAGACAAAGCAGAGGAUUGAGGAGGAGAAGAUGCAGGUGCAGGUGGUGGAGCGCGCUCAGCAGAUCACUCUGCAGGAGCAGGAGAUCACCCGCAAAGAGAAGGAGCUGGAGGCCAGAGUCAUGAAGCCAGCCGAGGCGGAGAAAUACAAGCUCGAGAAACUCGCCGAGGCCGAAAGGCUGCAGUUGAUCAUGGAGGCUGAAGCUGAGGCUGAAUCUAUUAGAAUUAAGGGUGAGGCAGAAGCGUUUGCCACGUUGGCUAAGGGCCGCGCUGAUGCUGAGCAGAUGGCCAAGAAGGCUGAAGCUUUCAAUCAGUACAAGGAGGGAGCCAUGGUGGACAUGCUGCUGGAGAAACUGCCUCUGAUGGCAGAAGAGAUCACCAAGCCCCUCUCAGCAGCUCAGAAAAUCACCAUGGUGUCCAGCGGAGGAUCAGAGGUAGGAGCAGCCAAGCUGACAGGAGAAGUCCUGGACAUCAUGGUCCGCCUGCCUCAGGCUGUGGAGAAACUGACUGGAGUCAGCAUCUCUCAGGUUACCUCCACACGCAUGGGCUAAACAAGAACCUGGAAAAGUGGAGAAGAAGCUGUUCACUAAUGGAUGCUGUGUUCAUCCCUCCUCCUGUUUCUGUGUACACCUGCAUGUUCUAAAUGUUCGAGACUUAUGAUAGCUGUAGGCAGGUUUAUUUUGUGGUGUUUUUUUUUUUUUCCCCCAGAGGGAUUUAUCCUCCUUCCUCUGUUUUUAUGUCUCUUUUUAUAUAUCAGUACGAGACAUUUCAUUUUGUAUGGAAAAAUUUCCCCCCCAAGCUCCAGCCGAGUCGUUCGGGUCAUUCCUGUUAGUUGUGUAAGAGAGUGCACGAUUCCUAUAGCGUCGCUGCGUUUAUUUUGAAGUCCGCGUCUAUGUAAAAUAAGCAUGUACCUACUAAUAGUGAUUAAAUCCCAAAGUGCAUUUAAACAGUGUAAUCCUCACGUACUAACUGUCUUAACUGUUACUGAAGCUACUGUCCGUGUGCGUACUACUAAUGGCUUUACAAACCUCAAUAAUUGUUUAAGUAGUAUUCAGUGGUAAUCCUUUUUGUUACAUUGUUAGCCAAAGUACGUACAGAUGACAUGGGAUCUAUCUAUCUAUCUAUAUAUAUAUAUAUAUAUAUAUAUAUAUAUAUAUAUAUAUA